AUGUCCCGAGAACUACAUGAGAAUUCGCCGCGAGACACUUUUCACCAGCUGCUCGGCUCGCUGACCAACAGCGGUGCUCCGGCCCCACCCACCACCUCAACACACCUGCCAGAUCCGGCGAAAGUUCAUGCUCCACCCACUCGCCCUGCCGACGCCAACACACCCCCGGCGCUUCAGCGCCAUCGCUCGCGACGAGCGGGCGCUGCCGCGGCUGACAAGCUGCCUUCCUCUUCCACCAUGGGUGGACGCAAGGCCCGCUCCGUGUCCCGUACGCUGCAUUUGGACGCCGAUCCUCGCCCAGACACCGCCACUACUGCCACAGCCAAUCGCAAUGCUGCCAGCCCUGUAGGCUCGCGCGCCCGCAUAUCCCCCGGCCGGGCUAGCACCGACCACAGCCCCUUGCUCGUGGUCAACAACGUCCGUGCCGGGCAUACUCCGCGUCAUGUUAGCCGGACCCCGCGCCGAUCAAAGUCCACUGCCCCAAAGAUAUGCCUUGACGAUGAUGAUGAUGAUCUACCUCCCGCGGACCGUCGACCUGCUCCCCCGGUGCCCACGCGAGUCACUCUCCUCGAUCCUCCGGCUGAGCACCCCUCCCCAAGCCAUACCACGCUGACUCAUCACGGGCGCCCCGUCGCCUCUCCUAUUAACCAACAGCAACAAUUGCCUUCAGCCUCGGCUGACCAACACAAUGCCUCUGGGUCGGACGGCAACCGGCGCCUCCCUGACAUUCCCGACACUCCCUGCAGUCCCGAUGACAACAUGAGCCCCUCGGAGCAGCGGCAGCAGAUGAUCAAAAUGCUUGUGCACGAACGCUUGCGCACGCUCCGCACCCGCCGCUUGCCCCCAUCUGAUCACAUUGACGCUUACCUCAAUCUCAAAUCAUACAUGAUUGGCCGUGACGGUCAUGACAUUGCGUUGCAUCUGGCUGAGCGCAACAGCGAAUUCCUGCCUCUCGUCCUGGCGGCGCUUCUCGCCCUUCCGCUACUUGACGUCGCCAUCAAAAGUGCACGUCCGUUGUUGACCAGUCGCCAGGCACGGGAGGCCAUUCGUAGCCUACAGUCGGGCUUUGUCCAGCAUGUUCGCAACACAUGCACGCAGCCGGCACCGGCACAGGAGCGGGCUGUAACGGUUCUGGGUUUGCUAUGCGUGGCUUUGGGAAAUGCUCUGAGCCGCACUGGUCAGCUGCCCUUUCUCAACGCUAUCACUCCGGUCAUAUCAUGUGCCCUCUUUGACUCCGCGGACCACAAUGUCAAUCGCGUGGCGCUAUGGGCAUGGCUGUGGAUGGUGCAAUGCUUUGCGGUUGACUUCAAAAAGGUUGCGCAGUCCAUGUCGCGUCGUGAAUUUUUGCUGGCCGCACUCGUUCCGAAUGACAAUUCAGCCUCCCUGCCGGCGUCAGAGCCGGUGGAUAUUCGUCGCCUGCGUAUUCUGAGCGCGGUGCGACUCUUGGGGGAGAUUGCACCCUCAACUCAGGCAUCCUCAGCUCUCCACGAGCAUCAUUUGGUGGGCGUGAUGAACAUUCUAAAGGUCCUGAAUACAGCUUCCGAGCCUGAUGAGGCGUGUGUUGACACCCUUUGGGCUCUAGUCGACGGUCUUGGGCCGUUUAGCAUGGCACAUGCCACGGCUCGGCCACUCAACUUUACUUUUCAUACGGAAACUCUGCGAGAAAUGGUUGUGGCCCAUGCCAUCCCACCAUGGUUGGAGACGCAGCCUCGCGCCGCCGUGGCUAUACUGUCCCACGCCUCACAAGCUCGUGCAACCCAACUGGUGAUUUCACUUGCCACCCGGCUGAAGUCUAAAUUUCUCCAACGUCGACUGGUGGCAACCCUUUGCCGCCUUGUUGCCACCCACGGAUUUCCACCAGAUUUGGAUGGUGCGCUGCGCGAGCGUGCUGUACAUCUUAUCGUGCUUCACCUGCCUCGUUUAGCCGCGGUCACAAGCGGUCACCGCUCUACUGCCUUGGAUGGCGGUUUGGAUACCAUCAUGAGUCCUGGCUCGCGACGUGGACGCCGAAGAAGCUCAGGUUCAGCGCCACCGCCCUCGUCCGACGACGCAGAGGCUCUCGUGGAGUUGGACAAUGGCAGCGUCAUCGGUUUGCUGCGGCAGUUGUCCGUCACAGACCUCGUGAUGCCGCUUGCUGAUGAUGAUUUGGCCAUGCCACGCCAGACCGAUAAGAAGGCAAUGCCUUCGACCCGCUGCCCUUCACCACCGGUUGCGCCUGCCACGACCGUCGAGACGCUUAUUGUAGAUACUGCCGCCGAGCCGACGUUGCUCGGCUUGCUUCUGUCACGCCUGUGGACAACACCCGACUUUUGGGCUGAGCUGCAAGACGCCGUUGCUGGCGCAACGCCUGAGCAACUGCUUGGAAUCCAUCGUGGUGUACCCAUGGUCAACAAUAACGUUGAAGCCUCCGCGCUCGAACUUCCUGUCGUCAUGCACACCCUAGUCGACCUUUGGGCGCGCGUAAGCGAGGCUGUUGAUCCUCUCAGCGUGGCCAUCCCCUUGUUGCAAUCAUGUGGCGCGGCACUAGAUGUGCAAGGCAAUGCCACGCCGACCGCUUGCCUCGCGGUUUGGCUUCUGCCCUGCCAUGCACUCCUUCACCUUGCAGCCUCGCGGGACGUGCUGCUGCGCCCGAGCCCGCACGGCCCAGAUGCAAGCGCGGUGGUGGCCACAUUAGCCUUGCCCUUUCGUCAGGCGUGGUUGCCUCAGCUAGACGUCUUGUUUAGCAAAUGCCUUGCGGCCCAAUGGCGCAAGUUGUUUCUCCAGGCGGAACGCCUCAUUGAUGGGGACGUGACCGCUUUUGGUCUCGUGGCACCCAUUGCUGAGGCCGUGAAUGUGGCGGUUGUGCGACCAGAGGAAGCUUUGACCCGCCCCGCUUUGUUUGAGGUGGCGACGGAUGCAGCGGCGUUGGUUCCGCUCAGCCCAUGCCUUGACCAGAUUGUGCAAACGGCCUCCCUAUUGCUGGCCAACUGUGAAACGGCUCAGGGGAUGGGACAAGGGCGCCAGCGUCGCUCGAAGGGCCGUGGAGCGACUGCCGUAGCCAGUGCUGCAGAGGAGCCGGAGACUGACGCCCGAGCUGGACGCUUGAUCAACCCGUUGGCUUUUCCUCUCAAGGACAAGUUUGUUGUCUUUUGGCGUCAGAUGACGACCCAAAUUGCGCGCUUUUAUGCUGCAGCGACCGAACCUGAUUUGAUUCGCAUCCUGAAGAUCACACAGCGUUUCUUUGAAGUGACGCUCUUACACGCACACACUGACAUCCGAGUCGCUGCCAAAGAGUGUUGGAUGCAUGUUUUCGUGCAACUGUCGCCCAGCCACCCAGCCUUGUCCGAAGAGUUGCGCAGCGUGCUUCUCGAGACGGCGCGUCUGGACGCUGCCUUCAACAUUCCUUCGCCCGUGCCCGCUAGCAGUGGACCUGCCACAGCUCCUACGACCGCCUUGGCCAAGGGCACACGAUUUGAGGCGCAACAACGAAAUCUUGCUUUGGAUCUGGGCGUUGACGACUCGCAACUCACACAACAGGAGAGCCAAUUGGACCGAGAGGCUGCAACGUUUUUUGCAUCAAACACGAGUUGGUCAACAGCGCACGAUACUUUGGCCAAGACACUGGGCGCUCGGCGUUCUGGUGCGGUCGGGCUAGGCAAGACGAAUGCCAAGACGUUGGUUGCGGCGCGUAGCAGUGUACAGAAAGAGCCAGUUAUUUCGCGAAAAAACGGCAGCCUACGCAGUUCAGCUCAACCCCCCACCGAAAAGUCGCGUCGAGUGCGAUCGCCAGAGGCGACAGACUCGCGCAUUGGGCGCACCUCAAGCCUGGCCACAACGGCAAUGGCUACCCACGAAGAAGCCGCUUCUGCACCUGGCACCAUGCAAUCCAAGCCUCAGCAAAACAAGCCGCCCGGCAUCAUUCGCCGCGAGCUUGCGCCACGACGUAACGGUGCACGCUCGAUGCGCCGCGUCUCCUUCAACCUGGAGCAAAAUACCAGCCAUGAAGUCGCCCCGAUGGGGGACGCUAGCCGGUCGCCCCGCAAGCGCGCAGGAGGUGAACGUGUCAAGCCCGCGCGCAAGCGCGCCCUACUUUCCCCUCAAGACCAUCGCGCCGUGCGUCGCGUGAGCGCCUACGAAUCCCCCAAACUAUCGCCAGACGCUAGCCGUGUUUUUAACUUCAACCCAAAAACACUGCCAGUGGUCUCUUUGGGUAGUGCCCGUGCACGCCGGCUUUUGGAAGCAUCUCUGGCUUCCAAAGACAAACCGCUGGUAGAUGCUGUUGAUCCGACGGCAGAAGGCAGCCCGCGACUCCGCCGCUCAUCCAGCCAAACUUCCUUGACCCACCAUCUGGAUGUUGGGCCACUCGCAUCAACCGAAAAUACGGCCCAGGGCGUUGCUGCAGCACUGGCCGCUGCCUCGGAUGCGGAAACUCAGAUUGAGUCGGAAGCAGAAGCAGAUGCGGAUGCAGGCUGGCGAGCACGAGAGUCAUGAGUGACGGUUUCAAAAGCCCUGCUUCUCAGCCCUUAAUUUUUUCCUAGGUAUCAGGCUUACUUGCCCUUGUUUUUUCUUUCAUCUCCUGACUCCUUUAUCGAUUCAUUACAAAUACAAGCCGGGCUGGUGCAGCUCCGCCAUCCUGCUUGUCCCAAUUCAUUGGCAUGUCCC